ACAGAGCUGUCACAGGCGCUGCAGCAGCUGUCAGAGAAGGCCAGAGCUGCUACUGAGUUCAUCCACACACUCAAGACUCUCUCAGAUGAAGUCCAUGGCAACUGUCGAGAAGUGGAGGGUGUGAUAGUUGCCCAGGUUGAUGCCCUGGUGGAGGCACUACAAGCUCGCCGAACAGACCUCAUUAACUGGGUCAGAAGACAACGUGAUACCAAGGUUCAUGCACUGAGAGAACAAGUACAAGACUACACCCAUACAUUACAGUCCACUACAGCCACCAUCCACUUCUGUAUUGAGGCCCUUAAGGAGUCUGAUCCAGCAUCCUUCAUGGAGGCCCAAGAAGUUUUGGAGGAGCGUGUGUGUACUAUGACAAGGGAUUGGGAACAAACCAUGGUGCCUGAACCUCGCAUCCCUCCUGUCUUCAACCUCACGUUAGAUGACAAGACACUCCUUACAGCUAUCCAGCAACUCACAUUCAUACAACUCAAACGCCCAGUUGUUACACAGCCAAAGACAGAUGGCUCAGCUCCUGGCACCCCGUCCAUGAUACCUUUAGAAUGUAGUGCAGAAAACAACAGUGUAACAAUUGCCUGGGCUCCUCACCCUACAUCAUGUGUCACUGGCUACACACUGGAGAUAGACGAUGGCUCUAAUGGCCCAUUUAGGGAAGUUUACACAGGAGAAGAGACUGUAUGCACUAUUGAUGGCUUACACUUCAACUCCAUAUACCGCGCCAGAGUACGAGCUUUUAAUAAUACCGGCAACUCCUCUUUCUGUGAGCCCCUGUGCUUACAGACUGCUGAAGUUGCAUGGUUCACCUUAGAGUCCAAUCACCUAGAUCAUACGAUAUCUGAGAAUGGCUUCACUAUCAGCUGUGACUCUUAUGAGCACCGUGUGGCUCUGGGAAGUGUUGGCUUCUCAAGGGGAAUACACUACUGGGAAUUCAACAUAGAAAAAUAUGAUGGAAAUGCAGACAUUGCCUUUGGACUUUCAAGAAUUGAUAUAUGCAAGGAAAUGAUUCUUGGAAAAUGUGGAGGUAGCUGGAGCAUGUACAUUGACAACGAGCGUUCAUGGCUGAUGCACAGUGGAGAGCACUUCAACCGCUCAGCAGGGGGUGUCCGGACUGGAGAUACUGUAGGAUUAUUGCUCAAUUUACCUGAGAAAACCCUUGGCUUCUAUGUUAAUGGGGACUUGCAGGGAUAUUUGUCAUUGACCGGAGUAAAUGGAGUCCUCUAUCCAGCAGUUAGUCUGAACCGGAGUGUGAUCCUCACUGUGAGAACUGGCUUGAAACCUCCCAAACAUUAUCUUGGUGUACCUCCAGAGGUUGAGGCAUAGAGCAGUUAUAUUUAGGAGGAGAGCGCAAAGCCCAUAAGGGUUAUGCAGCGCCUGGGGGAAAGGGAAGCAUUCAGGUUUGAUCCAAGGACUCUCGGUCUAUUCCUUGGACCAAGAGUCCCUCGCUGUCUUAUAUGCACCUUCCUUGAGGGGGGAUAUAGAGCACAUUUAAAAGAAUACUGUACAGUCUUUAGUAUUUGUUUUGUCUGUUUCAUGUACCAUAUUUAAAAAUUAUUUUUAUAGAUUUAUAAUAAUCUUUUUAAUACUGUACAGUACAUUGAUUACAAAUUUUUUUAAUGUACAAUAUUUGAAUAAAGGAAGUCGAUUCAAGCAUGAUACAGAUGUCAUAUACAGGAUUGAUAACAUUCAUGGGUUUGCUAGAAGUUGUCACUGCUCUGUUGAUUUAAAGUAGUGGGACUUGAACUUUAGAGAAGGUGGCAAUGAAAUUAUUUUGUAACCAUUUCUCCAAUCUACAAAGUUUCUUCCUGCUUUCUGGGUUUUGAUUGGUUACCCAGGAGCAACAGCAGGAAGCAUUUUGCUUCAUUCACCUAUGUUUUAGUUUUCUACCCAUAGCAUAUUACCAAUUCUGAAUUAAUGUUCAAAUUUGUGUAAUGGCUACAUUCUUUACCAUGAACAGUUUUUUCUGGUAUUUAUAGCAGUACCUUACUGCUGUCAGGAACAAUGUGCCUCUGUGUUACACACAAAAUGCACAGUUUUCUUCAAUAUGUAUAUUCUUCCCAGGUCUUUUCCAAUGUGAUAGUAUAAGUGACCAACUAGUUAAUGGUAUGAAUUGUGGAUCUCAUUAUAUAAAUAUUACAUUUCAUUGUGACAUGUUGCCAUAGAGAACACUUAUAAUCUAUGGAAAAAUAGCACAUCUUUGUAUAUAUUGUACAUACUGCAAUUUGAAAAAUUAUUGCCACAAAACUGGCUACAAAUGUAAAACUAAAUAUUAGCUAUUUUCUAGUCCGACAAGUUUAAGUUUUCUUCAGGUUAUGUCCACGUAUGUUACGUUACAUUAUGCUUGGCCGAUGGAAAAAAAAAAUGCUCAAUUAGCCAGGCUAUAGUGGUCACUCUGGCUAAUGAGCUGCAACAUAACCUUGCUAAUAAGUUUUCAGAAGGUUGACCUCAUACUAAAUUAAAAGCAAGGAGCACUGAGUAAAUAUUGAAAAACUAGGUAAUAUGCAUUUAACUAGUCUUAAAUAAUUCACUACAGGUACCUUACACAUGAACCAAACCAGUAAUAACCCUCCAUUAUAACAUUGCAUUUGCUUACUGUUUUAAACCAAACGAAGUACAGUAUGUCAAGAGACGAACUUGCCUUAUACUAUUUAAAGUGAAAUUGAUCAUAUGUUAAAAGUUUUUGUGUGUAUAUUUGAUAUAAUUUAGGAAAUUACAACUGUAUUAUAUUAUGCAUAACACUUGCUCGCAUUAAUAUAGCAUACAACUGCCACUAAUUUUAGGAGACAACGGAAGAAAGUUGAAAGUGUAGUAAUGUAUACUGCUACACGAGUCACUGUAUCCUGCUUCCAUUCUUAUAGAUGCAUUUAUUAAUUAUAAUGGCACUUCUCUAUGAAAGCAUUUUUAUAUUACCAGCAUUGUAAAUAAAUGGGGAAUUAAAUUAU